CAACCUAGGAAUGUCUAGAGAAAGAAGAUUUGGUGUUUCGGCCCUGAAACCACUGGUCCUAAUAUGGUAGUUGAUAUGUGUAAGGGAGUCCAAUAUCUGAAUGAAAUUAAGGACUCUGUUGUUGCUGGGUUCCAGUGGGCAUCGAAGGAAGGUGCCUUGGCAGAAGAAAACAUGAGGGGUAUUUGCUUCGAAGUUUGUGAUGUAGUUUUGCAUGCGGAUGCUAUUCACAGAGGUGGUGGCCAGGUCAUUCCAACGGCUAGGAGGGUUAUCUAUGCUUCCCAGCUGACUGCCAAGCCCCGACUUCUUGAGCCCGUGUACUUGGUGGAGAUCCAAGCACCAGAGCAAGCCCUCGGUGGAAUCUACAGUGGUUUGAAUCAGAAGCGGGGUCAUGUGUUUGAAGAAAUGCAGAGGCCUGGUACCCCACUCUACAACAUCAAGGCAUACCUUCCUGUUAUAGAGUCGUUUGGAUUCUCGGGCACUUCGAGAAGGCUCUUAUUUUGCUGACUUUCUUGGCAUAGCAGGGGUUGAAUGCUAGGCUUCUGGAGGAGAAGAAGAUGGGAUACUCGGUACCCAGAGACGAGCAAGACGGGUGGUUUACGAGGGACUCAGUGGCCGAGUCACUGAGAUUGGUGAUGAUGCUCUGAUCUUGAAGGUGAAUGUUGAAGUGGGUUUAGUGGCAGCGGAGUCAAGGUAUGUGUAUGUGAUAUGUGUUGAAA